AUGCACAUCCUAUCGACUCACCUGUCUGUCCUGUACAACAGUGCUACACGCUUCCCUACUGCGACAGCCUUCCGCAUCCCAAGAACGGACUCUGCCGGGCAGGUCACCGCCUGGGAUUCAAUCACCUACGCACAGUUUCUUGCAGACGUCGAGGAGUAUGCGAGCUACUGGAGAUACUCGCUGAGAUCGCGUUGCAUCCCUGAACGGUCCAUCGUGGGUUUAUGGUAUGUGUUAGCAGGAUUCACUUACCAGGACGUUCUCCACAUAUACGGCCUGUCAAGAGCGGGCUACAUCCCACAGCUCUUCAGUAUACGCCUCCCCAAUCCGGAUGUUAUUUCCGAGCUCCUACUUAAGGCCAAUGCCAAGGCGUUGAUCAUUGAUACAGCAUUCGCCUCAGUUGCAUCUUCAUUCCCAUUGCCUACAUUCUCAGCUGCCAACGUUCAAUCUGCUUCGAAAGCCUCUGAGCCCUUACCUCCGCUGUGUCCUCCAGGCGAAGAUGACAUCACCUUUGUUUUCCACACGAGUGGUUCGACAUCAGGGAGCCCCAAACUCAUUCCUUGUACUGGAAAGUGGCUCAACGCUAUGAUACGGAAAGCACGUAUAGCCACGAGUCCCCGGUCAGAUCGCCAAGAUGUUGUUGUGUGGAUGGGUAGCAUGUGCCAUAUCGCUCAGUCUUUCAUGCUUAUGGGAUUCCUUCAGCACGGAGCCUGCACAAUACAGCCAACCAAGAUCGGUUUCUCUUCUGACGAGCUAUUGGACAUGAUCCACCGCUGUCAACUCAACCGACUCAACCAGUUCAGCACAUUCCUGUCCACGCAUCUGCGUAACUCAAGGAGCAAUCCGAAGUUGCUGAGCUUCCUCCAAGCACUUGACGAUAUCGCGUUCAGCGGGCUACCGAUGGCACGAGAAGAUGAGGAAUGGGCAUACCUCAACCGCUUAAACAUCACGAACGUGUUCGGCAGCACUGAGAUGGGAGCCAUGAUGCUUUCAAUAGGUGGCCGCGGCCGGGAUGCGCCAUUACUGCGCCCGAUCGCCAGCACUGUGUACGCUUUUGAGCCCAUUGAUCCCACCACACCCACCGAAGGCAAUCAUCAGUCGGGCGGGCGGCUCCUGGAGCUGAUCAUCCGCUCAGAGUCAGAAGACUGCCCACAUCCCUCGUUGCGUCACAGCGAUGGACAUUUCCAUACCGGGGAUCUAUUCCAGGAAGUUAUUCCGGGAAGCUGGGCGUUCCGUGGGCGCAAUGAUGAUUGGAUCAAAAGUGAGAACAGCCUGCGGUGCGAUACAAAAGCCAUUGAAGACAAUGUUCGCCAAGUCUGUGGGCAUUUGUUGGAAGAUUGUAUCGUUGUGGGCAGUGGUCGACCUUCCCCCGCUCUGUUCGUGGAACCUGUUUCCGGCGUCGAUCACACUCAACUGAAACGAGAUAUCAUCCGGAAGACUCGUCCGUUCCAUUCGCGCCGGUACCUUCACGAGCGUAUCACAUCCCCCAACCUCAUCAUCAUUGUUCCGUCCAAGUCUCUACCUCGCACAGCGACCAAGGGCAAUAUUCGACGCCAGGCCGUGGAAGCCGCCUACAAGACACAGCUUGAUGCUAUCUACAGCGCGGCGCGCUAAAUGGACCGGAAUGGACAGUGCCUUGAUUGGCAGGAACAUUAUCAUUAUAACUUACAGUAUUUAAUUCCCAGUAUCCUUAUCAUCUCCACCAACAGCUUCUUAACUUAGUAGUAGUAAUAAUACCUGUAUCAUUCAUUACUAAUGUAGAUAGUCAAACGUAGCAUAGCACUACUGUAGCGUCACCUGGGGCACUUGUCCAACCAAUGUAGCCUUUCUUUGGAGCAAAUUAUUCGUUGCAGGGCAACCCUAUAAGGAUUGUCUUCAUUGCGCGAGCCUCGCACAAGCCACAGGAAGCGUUGCACACCAGGUAAUAUGUCAACAUAGCAACUGAGUCGGCGCUCGCGAGCGGAGGAAGCUGAUCGAUUUUAGUACACUGUCAUGCGGCCAAAAGUAUGAGAUAUAUUCGAACACUGCAUACCAUAAACAAGCUUAACCUAAUGUGCUCAAGCCGAUAACAACACCCUUUCAGACUCAACGCGCAUGGUAAACCGGCUGCUUUCCCAACUACGCGACGCCCUGACAUAAAUCUUACACUCGUUCCGAGACCUUUCUUUGUUUUCAAGUGAGUCGAUGAUGUCCGAGUCUAUCAUCAUGCCAGUGUUUGCCAAAGCUGGAGCCGGUGUAGGCACAAGAGAGACCCAACGAGUCAGCUGAAUUGGAACAGACGUUGUAGGAUCGGCCAACGUAACGGAAGAGCCCUCGUCCCCGAAGAUGGGUAAGAAGCGAAGAUGUUGCUUGUAUGCCGAGAUAUGGCCAGUGUGCGAAGUUUCGGGAUACAGUGCCCAGUCUGUCAACACGACGAGAGGCCGAUACGCAAGAUGCAAAUCGCGCAACGCAGACAAGACGUUCAGUAACGGAUGCGAAAGCUGGCGGUUCUCGGAGAGGCCGUUAUCACGAGAAGCGUCUCCAGCAGAAAAGCGGUCUUGCCAGUAAAACGAGCUGAUGGAGUCUAUCGCGAUCAGACCAAUUGCGCAGUCCGGCAUGCGAGUUGAAUGGUAGUUGUGAAGAUCGGCAAUGGUUGCGGCGAGUUGCGACGAGGAAGAAGGACGAAAGAGGUGCAACCGGCACAAGCAAGAGAGAACGAGAUCUUCGAUAUCAGAUGGGUGAACGUUGGUGCGAGCGAGGUGAGAUGCGAGGAGCUGAUGGAGGCGUCGGAUGCUAAACGCACGAUCGAGGUCAAAGACUAUCGCCGUGGUUUGUCUGCCACACAAGACGAGGGAGUGAUG